CCAUCCCGGCAUGCCUCGGGGGCUGCACGGGCGCAGGCUUGUGUGCGCGGCGGGUAGCCGUUGGCUGAGGCUGCGGCUGCGCGGGUCGCUGUGCUGUGAGGUCAGACGGCGCUGGCAAAUCGCGCCCAGGAUGUAGAGCUGGCUGUUCCCGACGGCGCGUCUGACGCUAAGUUGGGUGGGGUAGAGAGUAGGGGGCGGUAGUCGGGGGUGGUGGGAGAAGGAGGAGGCGGCGAAUCACUUAUAAAUGGCGCCCAAGCAGGACCCGAAGCCUAAAUUCCAGGAGGGUGAGCGAGUGCUGUGCUUUCAUGGGCCUCUUCUUUAUGAAGCAAAGUGUGUAAAGGUUGCCAUAAAGGACAAACAAGUGAAAUACUUCAUCCAUUACAGUGGUUGGAAUAAAAAAAGUGCUGUGAGGCCCAGGCGCUCUGAAAAAUCUUUGAAGACACGUGAGGAUAUUGUAGCCCUUUUUCCUGUUCCUGAAGGAGCUCCCUCAGUACACCACCCCCUCCUGACCUCUAGUUGGGAUGAAUGGGUGCCAGAAAGCAGAGUACUCAAAUACGUCGACACCAAUUUGCAGAAACAGCGAGAACUUCAAAAGGCCAAUCAGGAACAAUAUGCAGAGGGCAAGAUGAGAGGGGCUGCUCCAGGGAAGAAGACAUCUGGGCUGCAGCAGAAAAAUGUUGAAGUGAAAACAAAAAAGAACAAGCAGAAAACACCUGGAAAUGGAGAUGGUGGCAGUACUAGUGAGACACCUCAGCCUCCUAGGAAGAAGAGAGCCCGGGUAGAUCCCACCGUUGAAAAUGAAGAAACAUUCAUGAACAGAGUUGAAGUUAAAGUGAAGAUUCCUGAAGAGCUGAAACCAUGGCUUGUGGAUGACUGGGACUUGAUCACCAGACAAAAGCAGCUUUUUUAUCUUCCUGCCAAGAAGAAUGUGGAUUCCAUUUUGGAGGAUUAUGCAAAUUAUAAGAAGUCUCGAGGAAAUACAGAUAAUAAGGAGUAUGCUGUUAAUGAGGUUGUGGCAGGGAUAAAGGAGUACUUCAAUGUAAUGUUGGGCACUCAACUACUCUACAAAUUUGAGAGACCACAGUAUGCUGAAAUUCUUGCCGAUCAUCCGGAUGCACCCAUGUCCCAGGUGUAUGGAGCGCCACAUUUACUGAGACUAUUUGUGCGAAUUGGAGCAAUGUUGGCCUAUACACCUCUAGAUGAGAAAAGCCUUGCUUUAUUACUGAACUAUCUACACGAUUUCCUCAAGUACCUGGCGAAGAAUUCUGCAACUUUGUUCAGUGCCAGUGAUUAUGAAGUGGCUCCUCCCGAUUUUGAGCAUUAG